CAGGGUGGAAAGGCUUACACUGGCAGGGGAGGAAACAUGUCAUGAGGUGAUGACACAGCCAUAGCGACGAAUCCACAUCCUCGCCGACUCCCAACUUUGCUGCUCACCGCUGUCUCUGCUGCCAGUGCCGCUGUUGCUGCUUCCCACAGAGAGAGGGAGGGAGCCGCAGACAGCGUCCAGUCUCUCGCCGCACACCCCCUCUCUCUUCCUCUCUUUUUCACUUUGUUUGUGGACGAUGGGAUUUUAAUCAUGUGGAAGACAGCUGAGCGGCUCUUCUGGAUUUCGCUGACGUCGCGUCUGGUCCCGCCUGGCCUCCUCUGAGCAGGAUGGACACUCUGGAGUCAGAACUGACCUGCCCAAUCUGCCUGGAGCUCUUCGAAGACCCACUUCUGCUCCCCUGCGCUCACAGCCUGUGCUUCGGCUGCGCCCACCGCAUCCUCGUCUCCCACUGCGCCACCAACGAAUCGGUUCAGAGCAUCGGCGCCUUCCAGUGCCCCACCUGUAGAUAUGUCAUUUCUCUGAGUCCGGAGCGUGGACUCGAAGGCCUUAAGAGAAACGUCACCCUGCAGAACAUUAUCGAUAGAGUUCAGCGGGCCUCAUCCUCAGCCGGGCUCCCUCUACCGCUGGCACUGCCCGCGCCCCACAGCGGGCCCAACUCUCCCGGCGAGGAGGGGAGCAACCGGUUGGCACUUGUCCCCGUCAGCGCCGCCAUGUCCAGCCCAGGCACGCCUCCCGAACCGGUCCAGUGCCAGUUCUGUGAGCAGGACCCCCCGCAGGACGCCGUCAAGACGUGCGUGACAUGCGAGGUGUCGUACUGCGAGGAAUGCCUCCGAGCGACGCACCCCAACAAGAAGCCGUUCACGGGCCACCGGCUCAUUGAGCCCAUGCCUGACUCCCACCUCAGAGGGCUCCAGUGUCUGGAGCACGAGGAGGAGAAGGUGAACAUGUACUGUGUCACCGACGAUCAGCUCAUCUGCUCGCUGUGCAAGCUGGUCGGACGGCACAGGGACCACCAGGUGGCAGCACUGAGUGACCGCUAUGAAAAACUCAAGCAAGCACUGGACUCCAACCUGACCAAUCUGAUCAAGAGGAACAACGAGCUGGAGUCACUUAUGGGGAAACUGAUACAGACUUGUCAACAUGUAGAGGUGAACGCGUCCCGCCAGGAGGGCAAGCUCAUGGAGGAGUGUGAUCUCCUGAUUGACAUCAUUCAGCAGAGGAGGCAGCUCAUCGGCACCAAGAUCAAGGAGGGGAAGGCACAGAGGAUUCGGAAGCUCGCCCAGCAGAUCACCAACUGCAAGCAGUGCAUCGAGCGGUCCUCGGCCCUCAUCACGCAGGCCGACCAGACGCUGAAAGAAACCGACCACGCUCGCUUCCUGCAGACGGCCAAGAGCAUCAACGAGAGGGUUUCCAUGGCAACCGCAUCCACCCAAGUGCUCAUCCCGGAGAUUCACCUCACGGACACUUUCGACACCUUCGCGCUCGACUUCACCAGAGAGAAGAAGCUGCUGGAGAAUCUGGAUUACCUCACUGCUCCAAGUGCUCCGUGCAUAAGGGAAGAGUUGUGCACAGCUUCGUACGACACCAUCACCGUCCACUGGACGUCCGAUGAUGAAUUCACGGUGGUGUCCUAUGAGCUCCAGUACGCCAUCUUCACCGGACAGUCUAACAUUGCCAGUCUCUGUAACUCUCUGGAAAGCUGGAUGAUCGUUCCCAACAUCAAGCAGAACCACUACACGGUGCACGGCCUGCAGAGCGGCACCAAGUACAUCUUUGUUGUCAAGGCCAUUAACCAAGCGGGAAGCAGAAGCAGUGAACCAGGGACUCUGAAGACCAACAGCCAGCCUUUCAAGCUGGACCCCAAAUCUGCUCACAAGAAGCUGAAGGUGUCCCACGACAACCUGACGGUGGAGCGCGAUGAAACCACAUCCAAGAAGGGCCACAGCCAGGAGCGGUUCACCAGCCAGAGCAGCUAUGGCGUGGUGGGAAAUGUCUAUAUUGACAGCGGGCGCCACUACUGGGAGGCUCUGAUUGGAGGGAGCACAUGGUACGCGGUGGGCAUAGCCUACAAAUCAGCUCCCAAGCACGAGUGGAUCGGCAAGAACUCCGCCUCCUGGGUGCUCUGCCGCUGCAACAACGCCUGGGUGGUCCGCCACAACAGCAAGGAGCUGGCCAUCGAGCCCUCGCCCCACCUGCGACGCGUCGGGGUCCUGUUGGACUACGACGCCGGGUACCUGACCUUCUACGACGCCGUGGGCUCCCAGCACCUGCACACGUUCAACGUCUCCUUCGUCCAGCCCGUGUGUCCCGUGUUCAACGUGUGGAAUAAGUGUCUGACGGUACUCACCGGUCUGCCCAUCCCCGACCACCUAGAGGGAGUAGAACCCCUCAACUGAAGGCUUGCAGACAAGGCACGAAUACAUCAACAUAAACCGGCCUCAUUAUCUUAAAGCUGCACUGGGCAAGAUUUGCGAAAAACACCCAAUGCUCGCAUGCUUGUGCAAAUUAAAAUCCGCUCGUGCGCUGUUCUGCACCCAGAAGCAGUGACAAAAAAAGGGAUGAGAGUCAGCUGAUGACAUCACUCCCAAUCAAUUCAAACACUCACACUGCUAUUUGUGCAAAGUUAACUGGUGCAGCUUUAAAGUGCAAAGACGAGACAAAGAAACUCCCGAGGUGUUAUUUCAUCAGACCUCUCAAAACCGAUCCGCAAUUGUUUACUAUGAUUUCUAGCCGGAACUAUGACGCCGGUUCAUGUUGUAUUGACUCAGAGGGACCAGUUCUAGAUGGAUGGCAAUAAGCUGGAGUCAGUACAGAGGAAACCAGGACAAAUGGACCUUGUUAGUACUCGAAGGCACUUUGGGCUGUGAUGGGCAUAUUUGUGCCACGGCAACUAGGAAAAAAGCCACAGAUCAAUUUGUAAUUUUCCCUUUUUUCUUUUCUUUUUUUACACCCUUUUAUCGGAUAUAGCACUUUGAAAAUCCCUUCAAGUACACACACCGCACGCACACACACGCACACACACACAAAACAUGAAUGCAUAAACAUUAAGUACCCCUACAUUAUUCAAUCAUGGUUUGCUGAAAGAGCCAAAUAGAAGGUGUAUAUUUUGUAAAUUCAUAGACAUUCCUCCUUAACUUUCCCUUAUUCAUUCAAACAAAAGGAACCAAAGCAGCCAUUGCUGUCUGUGCAGGUGUCUUUACAGAAAAUCGUACUCUUAAUAAAUGCUGAAUUAUUUUUAAAAACUUACAGAGAGGAAAUAGUAUUAUGCCAAUAUUGGAAAGCUGACGAUUCCUUUAAAUGUCGACCUUGUUUUUGCACAUUGUUCACACAAGUCUCAUUCAUUUUGGUGCAAUUAACGAGCAUCCAUAUUGGCAAAGAGUUGUGUUCUGUUUGACUCAUCAUGUUCAUUUGGUUUCCUGGCAGCCAGACAAGUCCAGCCAUUAUCAUUUUAUGUGAUACAUAAUCUGUGAGUUGUGUUACAGCUGUAGCCCCAGGUUAUUAUUGGAGCUAAGAGGUCAAAUAUACAAUUGGGUAUAUUUAAACAAGCCGUUUAGCAAACACAUAUUUGAGCUGGUGAACCAAUACUCCGGAGACUUGAAUUAACUUUUAAUAAAGUGUCUUCCUUAUUUUACGUGUUGUUUUCACACUGUGGUACCGUGUGGAUAUGACACCAUCAACCAUGGUUCAGACACCAUCAAAUCCACUUGCAGCAUAUUGUUUGACAAUAUAAAAAUUUGAGUUACUCAAACAAAACACCUUUUUCACUGUAUCAAAAGAACACAGCCAUACACUUUGUGCUGUCCUUGGACUUAUAUUAUAUAGUAAGGUGUGCUCAUGUUUUACUUUGUCUGAAUGAGUUUUUUUUUUAAAUUCUUUGCCAUUUAAUAUGGACAAAAAUAACUAAAAAAAGAUUCAGUUGGUGGUAUUAAGGGAAACUGUCAAUUCUAAAUUAUAUAUAUUUUUGUUCUUUAUGGAAUAAAGUUGAAUUAUGGUGAAAUUUAGCUCCUCAGUGUAAAUACAAUGAUUUCCCAAUGUUGCGCUGUUUCAGUGCCUAUAGUGAACUUAAAAAAAAAAAAUAUGGAGAACAAAUUCUAUUCUUUAAUUCUGUGUUUCCUCGGCAAUAAAUUCAACUGUGUGUUUCCUUGUAUCUGGUAUGAAUUUGUAGUGCUUAAUUUAAUGUUUCCAUUUGAACUUUAUGACCAUGAUGUUAUAUGUUCUGUCUCUGUGGACAUUCUUAUGGAAAACAGGAUACAAGUGCUUGCAUCACUGUCGUCUGACUUAAGUCUGAGAAGGUCAAAAAUAAAUGUUCCUUUUCACAUUGA